GCGAGUCCGGGCGCGAUGGCGGCGCUGGGCGGGGACGGGUUGCGCCUGCUGUCGGUGUCCCGGCCGGAGCGGCAGCCCGAGUCCGCAGCCCUGGGCGGUCCAGGCCCCGGGCUGUGCUGCUGGGUGUCCGUGUUCUCGUGUCUCAGCCUCGCCUGCUCCUACGUGGGCAGCCUCUAUGUUUGGAAGAGCGAGCUGCCCAGGGACCACCCUGCCGUCAUCAAGCGGCGCUUCACCAGUGUCCUGGUGGUGUCCAGUCUCUCGCCCCUCUGCGUGCUACUCUGGAGGGAGCUCACGGGCAUCCAGCCAGGCACAUCCCUGCUCACCCUGAUGGGCUUCAGGCUGGAGGGCAUUUUCCCAGCAGCACUGCUGCCCCUGCUGCUGACCAUGAUCCUUUUCCUGGGCCCACUGAUGCAGCUCUCUAUGGAUUGCCCCUGUGACCUGGCAGAUGGUUUGAAGGUUGUCCUAGCCCCUCGCUCCUGGGCCCGCUGCCUCACAGACAUGCGUUGGCUGCGGAAUCAAGUGAUUGCGCCCCUGACAGAGGAGCUGGUGUUCCGGGCCUGCAUGCUGCCCAUGUUAGCACCGUGCACGGGCUUGGGCCCUGCUGUGUUCACAUGCCCACUCUUCUUUGGAGUUGCCCAUUUUCACCACAUUUUUGAGCAGCUUCGUUUUCGCCAGAGCAGUGUGGGGAGCAUCUUCUUGUCUGCAGGAAGAGCGUGCAGGUGUGGUCACUCGCGGCCUCCCCGUCUUCAGCGUUCCAGUUCUCCUACACAGCUGUCUUCGGUGCCUACACUGCUUUCCUCUUCAUCCGCACAGGAGCGACAAGUUUCUUCUACCACGGUCCUUGAGACAGGUCUGAGCCAGGGCCCUCAGCCUGGACACCUGAUUGGGCCGGUUCUCUGCCACUCCUUCUGCAAUUACAUGGGCUUCCCUGCCGUAUGUGCGGCCCUGGAACAUCCGCAGAGGCGGCCCCUGCUGGCAGGCUAUGCCCUGGGUGUGGGACUCUUCCUGCUUCUGCUCCAGCCCCUCACGGACCCCAAGCUCUACGGCAGCCUUCCCCUCUGUGUGCUUUUGGAGCGGGCAGGGGACUCAGAGGCUCCCCUGUGCUCCUGACCCAUACUCCUGUACACACUCCUAUGAACUCUCAUGGGCUCUCUAGCCCCUCCCCAUCAAGGGGUACUGCAGGGGAGGAGCUGGCCGGGGUCCCCGAGAUCUCAGGAAUUUUUUUAGGGGAUUGAAGCCAGAGCUAGUUGAAUCCCAGGGACCAAGAGAAAGGAGCAGAGAUCCAAAGGGUGUGGCCCCUGUCAAAAGGGGGUUGAGGAGCAGCUGGGAGUGAGGGGCAAGGGGCAGGUCCCAGGAGCCAUGCACUCCCUUCCUCACUUUGGACUGCUGCUUCCCUGAGCUCCUCUGGCCCCCUCUGCCUCUGAAAAGCUGCUCGGGGGUGGAAUUUACAAAACCCCUCCCCCUAACUUCCCAGGGUUUUCUCAUUGUCUUUUUGCAUCAGGACUUUGUAUUGGGAUAUUAAAGAGAUUUAACUUGGGUAACAUG